UGUUUUCUGUUAGAGCAGAUCGUCUGUCUGUCCCUGCUGCGGCCACCAUCCCCACCUGCCUGUGGGGGGAAGCAAACCUUGCCCGGGCCCAGAGGAAGGAGAAAGGGGAGACGGGUGGGGUCCUGCAGGACCCGGUGAUGACAAGCUGCCAGGCUUCCUGGAGGGGAUCAGGCCUGGGGAACACGGCAUGGCACAAGCGGAAGGGGUUCCCUCUCCUGGGGCUGCCCCGGACCAGCCCUGCGUGUUCAAGCUGGCCCUCUUGGGAAGUGGCUCCACGGGCAAGUCCAGCUUGGCUCUCUGGUACGUGAAGAAUGACUUCAAGAGCAUCCUGCCCACCGUGGGAUGUGCGUUCUUCACGACGGUGGUGGUUGGGGCUGUGUUUCUGAGGUUUGAGAUCUGGGACACGGCUGGCCAGGAGAAGUACCACAGCAUCUGCCACUUUAGGGGUGCCAACGCUGCGCUUCUGGUGUACGACGUCACCAGGAAGGAUUCCUUCUGCAAGGCUCAGCAGAGGCUGAAGGACCUGGAGAGGGAGUCCCCCCCAGGGGAGGUGGUGGUGAUGCUGGUUGGGAACAAGACGGACCUUGGCGAGCAGCGGGAAGUGACGUUCCAGCAGGUGACGGUUGUGCCCAGCGAGCCUGAGGACGCACACUUCCGGCCCGUGGUGUGA